CAGUAGUCGAUUGUCAAAACUAAUUGGCAAGUUACGAGUGUAAAUUUCCCGUUUUGAAAAUCAGAAUAAAACAAACUUCCCACAAAAUGUCCGAUUUCGAUUCAUCGUUUUCCGAAGGCUUGGGCAAAGGCGGCGACAAAGAAUUGCAGGAGUUCCUCAUGGUCGAGAAACAGAAAGCCCAAUUCAAUGCGCAGAUCCAUGAAUUCAAUGACUUCUGCUGGGAUAAGUGCGUCGACAAACCGUCGAACAAGUUGGACAGCAGGACCGAAACCUGCCUGACAAACUGUGUGGACAGGUUCAUCGAUGUGUCGCUGUUGAUCACCAACCGAUUUUCGCAGCUUUUGCAGAAAAGUGGUGGAAUGUAGACGUCUUACGUUAAGACUAGAUUAACUGAGUUUUUGUUGUUUUAUACCAGGAAUUGUUACUAUAUGUCUGUAUGGUAUAUUUUGUUAGGGAUUAAAUAGUGAGGAAAUUUA